UAAUAAUGUUCAUAUGUAUACGUGGCCAUCCAUCCUAUGAUUCGUUUAGCAGGUCUGGCGACUAUAUAUACAUACAUAUAAUAUUUGCAUCACCAUUUUGAAAGAUAUAUGGAAGUAAGUACUUAACAGCACCACAGAAAGAAGAAGAAGAAGAAGAAGAAGAAGAAGAUAAUAAUGUGGAAGCUGAAGAUAUCGGGAGACGGGGAGUGGGUGAGCAGCGGCAACGGCAACGUCGGACGGCAAGAGUGGGUGUUCGACCCAACCGCCGGCACGCCGGAAGAGAAGGCCUCCGUCGAGAAGGCUCGCCGGGAAUUCAAGGAGAAUCGAUUCAACGCCAAGCAGAGUGCUGAUCUACUCAUGAGAAUGCAGCUUACCAAAGAGAACUCCAUAGGGGCGAUUCCCGCCGCCGUGAAACUGAACGGAAGUGAGGAGAUAACGGAAGAAGCGAUUUCAACCACACUGAGACGGGCCAUUAGCUUUUACUCGUCGAUUCAGGCCCAUGAUGGCCACUGGCCCGCUGAAUCUGCUGGGCCUCUGUUUUUCAUGCCCCCAUUGGUAUUUGCAUUGUACAUAAUGGGAUCACUCAACUCUGUCUUAUCAUCUGAACACCAAAAGGAAAUCAAGCGUUACAUCUACAAUCAUCAGAAUGAGGACGGCGGGUGGGGACUGCACAUAGAAGGCCACAGCACCAUGUUUGGAUCGGCAUUGAGCUACAUAUGCCUGAGACUCCUUGGUGAAGGUCCAGAAGAUGGGGAAGACAUGGCUGUUUUCAGAGGUCGGAAAUGGAUACUUGAUCAUGGCGGCCUUGUCAGAAUACCUUACUGGGGAAAGUUUUGGGUCUCUGUUCUUGGGCUAUACGAAUGGUCAGGUUGCAACCCUUCUCCCCCGGAGAUUUUGCUUUUGCCCUUAAGCUCCCCUAUUCAUGCAGGUAAGAUGUUGUGUUAUAGUCGGCUGGUUUACGUGCCGAUGUCUUAUCUUUAUGGGAAGAGAUUCGUUGGUCCGAUCACCGAACUAAUCCAGAGUUUAAGGGAAGAGCUCUACAAUGAGCCGUAUCAUCAGAUCAACUGGAAUGCAGCAAGGAAUACAGUUGCAAAGGAGGAUCUCUAUUACCCACAUCCUCUUGUACAAGACCUGACAUGGGGAUUCAUCCACCAUUUCAUGGAGCCAUUAUUAACACGUUGGCCACUCUCUAAGCUGAGGGACAAGGCACUAAGGUUAGCCAUGGAACACAUACACUACGAGGAUGAGAACAGCAAGUACCUCUGCAUUGGAAGUGUUGAAAAGGUUCUGUGUCUAAUGGCUUGUUGGGUGGAAGAUCCCAACUCAGAUGCCUGUAAGAAACACUUGGCUAGGCUCCCAGAUUACUACUGGGUUGCUGAAGAUGGGCUCAAGAUGCAGACAUUUGGCUGUCAAACUUGGGAUGCAGCUUUCGCGAUACAGGCAAUCAUGUCGAGUAACCUGAGUCACGAGUACGGGCCAACUCUUCGAAAAGCACACGAUUUCCUGAAGUCUGCACAGGUGAGCUGUUUCAAAUGAUCAUAGUGUUUUUGUUCUUUGAAGGGUUCAAUCACCAAUUUUCCUGCAUCUGAAACAAACAUGAGAAAUGGUGUUACAAAGGUGAGGGAGAAUCCGAGUGGCGACUUCAAGGCAAUGUAUAGGCACAUAUCGAAAGGGUCAUGGACCUUCUCAACUCAGGAUCAUGGGUGGCAAGUUUCUGAUUGCACUGCUGAAGGACUCAAGUGUGCACUGCUGUACUCUCAAAUGCCUGUAGAACUCGUCGGCCAGCCAAUGGAAGCAGAGCAGUUGUUUGAUGCUGUUAAUGUCAUUCUUUCUCUCCAAAGCAAGAACGGUGGAUUCACAGCCUGGGAGCCACAAAGAGCAUACGAGUGGUUAGAGAAGUUCAAUCCAACAGAGUUCUUUGAAGACGCUAUGAUCGAGCGCGAAUAUGUUGAGUGCACAGGAUCAGCAAUGCAAGCUCUAGCUAUGUUCAGGAAGCACUACCCAACCCACAGAAGUAAGGAAGUUGAUGCUGCUAUCGCCAGAGGAGCCGACUACAUCGAGCAAACACAGAACAAUGACGGCUCGUGGUAUGGUUGUUGGGGGAUUUGCUACACCUACGGGACGUGGUUUGCAGUGGAAGGGCUGGUCGCUUGCGGCCGAAGCUACACAAACAGUCCCGCCCUGCGAAAAGCGUGCCGAUUCUUGUUGUCCAAGCAACUACCUUGUGGUGGAUGGGGAGAGAGCUACCUCUCCAGCCAAAACAAGGUAUACACCAAUCUGCAGGGGGAUAAGGCAAAUCUGGUUCAAACUGCAUGGGCGUUGCUCUCCCUUAUCCAUGCCGGUCAGGCUAAUGUGGAUUCAGCACCGAUCGAGAAGGGGAUGAGACGGUUGGUUAAUUCACAAAUGGAUGAUGGUGACUUCCCCCAGCAGGUAAAUCAAGAGUAGUAAUCAUCAUCCGUUGGAAAUCAGUAAGAAAGGAUUUACUGAUUCGGGCCUUUCGGUAUUGAUUUGUGAACAGGAACUCACAGGAGCUUUCAUGAGGAAUUGUACACUGCACUACUCCUCGUACAGGAACAUCUUCCCCAUUUGGGCACUGGGAGAAUAUAGUAGCCAUGUUAUGGGUGCAUAAGUAAUCAAGUUAUUCUCUCUACCAAAAAAAAAUGCGUAAGUUAUAUAGUAGCCAGAUGAGCAUCACAUCCUAAAAGAAAAUAAAAGGAAGCAAGUUUACGGUUGCUUCCAACCAACUACUAUUGAAUCAAACAGCAAAUGUGUAGUAAUACCAGGACGACUUUCGAAGAAAUAGUGAAGCUCACUUCUUACAUUACACACUCAUGGACAUAAUCUGGCGGGCAAGACCGGGAUCCUGCUGCAAAAGCUCCCUCAAGUUGUUCUCCACCUCAGCCAUCUGCUUUUCCAAGUACUCCUUGGAUGUCUGCAGCGACGCUAUUGCAGACUCACUAUCCUUGUGUUUUUGCUCUUGUUCAGUCAUCAACACAGACUUAGGCUCCA